AUGACAUAUGAGAUCGACAAAAAAGGAAGAGAAAGACGAGAUGGAGGAUUGUUCUAUACAGUCGAGCCGACAACGUCAAAGCCCCAUGCAUUAAUAAGCAGUCGAAGGUCUUGUUCUGAUAAGUUGAUUGACGACUUGAUAGUUAUGCUUACGUUGGCGAAGGUUGUCUGUAGUCUACACCCUAUAUUCUGGGGUCCCACCCACCAAGGUCACAACCUUGACAAGAUAUAUGGGAUUAAUGUAAACCUGGACAUCACUCACACUUAUUGGUCACACGUUUCAACACAUCAUCUUGGGGUGGUUGCUGCUCCUCCACCCCCACCAACUAAUUCAACAUGGAGAAACAACACCACAAGAAAAGUCAUCUCAUUUCGCCGUCCUCAUCCUUCACAGAGUAGUGCCUGCCUUCAACAUCUCAACAACAUCGACUUCAAUAAUAUCUUCGACUUCAACAUCACCAACAACAACUAUACUCUACCAGCAAUUUUUAAUAAUAAUAUUAUUAAUUUUGAUAAUAUUAAAAAUAACAAUGAUAAUAAUAUAAGCGUGGAAGCAAAGCCAUGUGUGACCAAGUCAAAAAGAUUAGAGGCUCUGACAAAUCAUCCAACACGUCAACAUCAUAGCAAAUUGAUGCCAACACACUCAACACCCACUUUGCCUCAAUGUCAACCAACUCGUCCUACAAAACUCCACCAACAAAAGCAACAACAAUCAAUAGUCGUCAACAUCAACAAUUUACCCCAUACUCCGUCUUGCACAUGCGAACGAAGUCCUGCCCCUCCGGUACAAGUCCAGACAGUCUACCAGCAUGUCAAAGCACUCCGCUCACAUGGUCUCAGAGGCAUCAAAUUAUUCGAAAUCACUGAAACACUCAUAAACUCACGCAUCAAUUAUGCAGCUCCAUCCUGGUCUGGUUUUGCUACACAACAACAACUUCAGCAACUAUCAUCAAAAAACUUAUCCGCUUCAACUAUCUCCCUGCAUCACAUCCUACCGUCACUCAUAUAUUCAACACACUCGAUUCAAGACUGUUCAAGAAAGUAG